CUGACCAAAGAGGGAAACAUCAUGACACACAGGCUGUGUGGAAUCUGUGGCUGAUUAACAUCAGCCAUAAUAAAGAUCGGACACAUUAUGAGCUGGACUGCAUUUUCCAUCCCAAAGUUGUAUCGCAUCGCAGCUCGGUCUGGAUGUAAAAAAAAAAAAAAAAAAGCCCAACUGCUGGAACGCGCAGACGUCUCUGUUUCUAUUGGCUGCGCGCAGCGUCGCUCAGAGAGGAAUGACGAUUUUGCUGCUAUAACCAGCUGAUGCUGAGGCUAUGAACACGGAGCCUCUGAAGAGCUGUUGGCGGUACAUGGAUACCCCGUCACCGGCGCUACGCCUGCGGAUUCGGUCUCGUCUCCAUCCCGAGAUUGAGUGAGUAGGAUAUUUGAUCGUGUCACGACGCACAGGCCCGGGCUUCCCCCCCUCCUGUCGCUCCACAUGAUGUGUCUUCGUCUUCCCACAUCAUCAUUUUCACGGGCAUGAUGCUGUGUGCUUCACUGGCUGAGCUUCUCUCACCUCACGCAGGCGACACAUAACAUCUGCAGGUGUGACCGUGUGGGGGUUUGGGCCGAAGCACUCGACGGACAACCUCAAGACAUGGAAUAAAGGGAAUUCGGCGACAACUGAAACCACUGCGAGUCAGAUCCAUAAAUAAAAGAAACUGACAUUUAAAAAAAAAAAAAAAAAAAACUUGAAGGGAGCUGUAGAGUGAGGAGGAGAGGAGCUGAAGCAGAAGAGGAGUGAAGAUGGGGCGUGGUUCGACGCUCGCCACCUUUCGCCUGGACUCUACAGUUCACUCCGUCAACCGCCGGUCAAAGCAGGAGCCUCCUCGCUAAAACCAGAGCAGCUCAUUUCACUGGAGGAGCCCCCACCCUCGGUGAUGUGAUGAAUAAGUUUGAAGUACUUGGCAUUGUGGGAGAAGGAGCAUAUGGAGUGGUGCUGAAGUGCAGGCAUAAGGACACCAAUGAGCUGGUGGCCAUCAAGAAGUUCAAAGACAGUGAAGAAAAUGAGGAGGUCAAGGAGACGACUCUUCGGGAGCUGAAGAUGCUCCGGACGCUGAAGCAGGACAACAUCGUCGAGCUAAAGGAGGCUUUUCGCAGGAGGGGGAAACUCUACCUUGUCUUUGAAUAUGUGGAGAGGAACAUGCUGGAGCUCCUGGAGGAACUGCCCAACGGUGCGCCGCCCGAUAAAGUCCGCAGCUACAUCUACCAGCUCAUCAAGGCGAUCAACUGGUGUCACAAGAAUGAGAUCGUACACAGAGAUAUCAAGCCGGAGAACCUCCUCAUCAGCUCUGAGGAUGUCCUCAAACUCUGUGACUUUGGUUUUGCUCGUAACCUGUCUGAAGGAACAGAUGCCAACUACACCGAGUACGUGGCUACAAGGUGGUACCGCUCACCCGAGCUGCUGCUGGGGGCUCCCUACGGAAAGGCAGUGGACAUGUGGUCAGUGGGUUGUAUCCUCGGGGAGCUGAGUGACGGACAGCCCUUGUUUCCAGGGGAAAGUGAGAUAGAUCAGCUCUUCACCAUUCAGAAGGUUUUGGGGCCGCUUCCUGCAGAACAGAUGAAACUCUUCUACAACAACCCUCGCUUUCAUGGGAUCAGGUUUCCCUCUGUUACUCAUCCUCAGACUUUGGAGAGAAGGUACCAAGGCAUCUUGACUGGUUUGAUGUUGGAUCUGAUGAAGAACCUGCUGCUGCUGAACCCGACCGAGCGCUACCUGACGGAGCAGAGUUUGAACCAUCCGGCCUUCCAGCCUCUGAGGCAGGCGGAGAGGGAGCGCCCGCCUCCUGCGUCUCCCAACCCGCCGCGCUCGUCCAAGAGGAAAACGCACCAUCACGGAGAGAACACAGUUCCCACACGGAGUCACACUAAGAGCACGAGCCGUCGCUCCAACAGCAAAGAAUGUUCCAGCCUCCCUCGACAUGGCGACCUCCACCACCUCAGCAACAAGAGUUUCCUCAAUGGAAACAAACCGCCCCCAUCCAGUUUGAGUCCUACGCUCCAUCCCAAGGGCCAGUACAUGUCCCAGACCCUUAAUCGUUCUGCCUCGUCCAGCAAAGACCUGGCUAACAACAACUUGCCCCACCUCCUCAGUCCCAAAGAAGCUAAAGGCAAGACGGAGUUUGACUUCAGCUUGGGACCCUCCCCAAAGCUGUCGGAUCCGGGACACGGGGCGAAGUAUGGCCACGGCAAACCCAGCUCCUCCCGCUCUCAGCAGCAGCAACAGCAGGCUGGCCGCCACACCUUCCUGGAAGGCAAGACCAACACACUGCAGUCCGGAGGAGAGAAACAACACGGCCGACACGCCCACAGUAUGGCCGACUCUGCCCAUGGAUCCAUGUCGUCCUCAUCUAAGAGUUCAGCCUCUUACCUCAGCCUGUCCAAGAGCCACAGUGCGCUGAGUGAUGCCAAAUCUGUAGGGAACCUCAGCGACGGUCGACUCCACCCAGAUGACCCGAACGCCAACACGACAGCGGGGGUGGGACCCAGUGCCCGCUUCUUCCCCGCCAGUUGUUUAGACCUCAACGCCCCUUCAGGUCCUCCGGGGCCGCCUGGCAGCCCCUCUGCUCGACACAGCGAUCGAUCCGGGCACAGCCCCGCCUCUCGUAGCAGCGGCAACGUCCGCAUGGAGAGCAGCACUCUGGACUCGUCAUCCAGACACAAAUCCAGACAUAAAUCUAUGGCACCGGAGGAGGCUGGUGCUCCGGAGCUCUUGGACCCAGGAGGAACAGGGAUGCCCUCCACUCACACUCUGCCUUCUCCACAUGAGUCUUAUCACUACGGCCUGGGCUACACCUCCCCGUUCUCCUCUCAGCAGCGGCCUCAACGCCACUCAAUGUACGUGAGGAGGGAGCGCCAUCGACCGCACGGGGUCGAGGGUGGGAUGGCGGGCUUGCCUGCGCCGGGGCAGGCCAUACCAACACGUGCCAGCAGCCUGCAGCUCCUCUCCCCCCAGCUACAGCACCGGACCACCCUCACCGGACACUCAGUGAGCUCCUCGAGAGAGGACUGCACUGAUGACAUGACGAGGAGUGAGCCUUCCCCUAAAGACAUGAGCCACCCUUGUGCCCCCAUCAAAGACUCUACGAGGGACAACACAGCUGCUUUUCAUACACAGCGCUCUAAAAACGAGGUGGGCAUGUAUCACGACCCUCAUGGCGAGGACGGAGGUUCCUCCAAGGAGAACCGGAUGAUCUUCACUGAGUCCAUGCCUCGGAGAGUCGGCAGCUUCUACCGAGUUCCCUCUCCCAGGCCAGAUAACUCCUCCUCUUUCCACGAUGGUGUCGGGCAGGGACGAGGGCCAGUUGUCCCUGUUGUACCCGUAGAUCCUGUCGCCAUGGCCAACCACUCCAAACGCCAGACGGCUUUUGACUGGAGCGCCGCAGAAGCAAUGGUCAUGAAUCCUCCAGAGCCGACCAAAGAGAAGGAAAAACAAGGCUUCUUCAGAGCCAUUAAGAAGAAAAAGAAGAAGACACAAAUAACAGACAUGGAGGACGGGAGAAACCCCAGCAUCAGGAAAAGCCUUUUCCCCCUCUUUAGCUCUAAGAAUAGCUUAAAGCACAACUCAGCAGUCAAAGUCCUACCUGUAGUCGCCUCGCCCAUGGUACAACACCAGCCUCCCGCGCCCUACCCUGCCUCACCAGUUCCUGGUAAUGGACAAGAGCACUUGUCACUGCAGAGGAGCUCCAAGUCGUCCUCUCACCACGGCAGCCGGCGGAAAAACCGGGAGCGUUCCAGAGACAGAGACCGGGAGCGGGAACAGAGCCGGGACCGGGACAGAGAGCGAGAGAGAGAGAGGGAGAGGGAGAGAGAAAGAGAGAGGGAAAGGGAAAGGGAGAGAGAGAGGGAAAGAGGGAGGGAGAGAGAGAGAGUGAACGACUGGCCACCAGACAAACCAGUGGACUCCCACUCUCAGAGUCAACCGCUCAAGUCACUCCGCAGGCUCCUUCACCUCUCCCCUUCUUCCUCAAAUCAAGGACAGCCUCCUCCUCCUCCUGCUCAAGACCUGCGCUUCCAAGCCCCCCUCCCCAACCCCCCUCAGCCCUCCUCUAAAGCGGGCUACUCCGAGGGUCGAGGACACGGCGAGAGCAGGGGCCACUCCGGGGUGAGCAGCUCCGCCCAGGCUAAGAGCCGCAAGCCCAGCUAUCCCCUCCCCGGACAGAUCGAGUCCAGCUGGCACGUGUCUGCUUUACAGCGGGCCGAGGGAGCUCAGUUCACCCCCGAGCAGCUGGGCAUCAAGCCGGGGCAGAAUGGACCCACCUUUACAAGAGCCUCCCGCACCAGGAUGCCCAACCUCAACGACCUGAAGGAGACGGCGCUGUAACCCCACCCCGAACCACACCACCUCCAACACGUCUCCGUCCUGGAAGCAUCUGCCAGUACAUCAUGGUACUGUCGUGAAAGUUUACAUGAAAGCCUAUUUCACUGGAUCAAGUCCUCUUCAGAAACACAGUUUCAUUUGACGCUCACGUCUCUGAAAUCCACAAAGACUAGACAUCGACAGGCCAAACACAAACACAAGUAACUGUGCUGUUUGGGGAUUCAAAGACAGGAAAGAGUCCGCUCCCACUCGGGAUGCCAGUACUGUAUCAGUUGUAUGUUAUUCUCUCUCUACUUAACAAGGUUAGAACAUCAGAAUAAGCUGAUCUUUCCUGACAAGGAGACACUGCCCAUGUGGCCUCUUUGCUGCCAUCUUCUGCUCACAGGACUCUACAGCAACACAUCAGACAGCCGCCAUCACAGCGGCGGCCAAUAAACUCAAAUGUUUUUCAAGCUCUGAUAUUUGAUAAGAACAAAAAAAAAGAAGAAGAUUUAUAUCAACAUUAUUUAUUAAAUAUUUAUUUGUUUUAAAUUCAAGGAUAUAAGCUAUAAAUGACACAGUAUGUAGGCUAUAUGGGAAUAUUAUAAGGUAAUAUAGAAUUAAAUGUGUAAUUGCAAGAGCUUUAGUUUCGACACAAAGAAAUGCAUAGAUAUUUAUGUGUUGAUAAUACAAUAUGUCACAAGGAAUAUUUAAUAAUGGUGAAUGUCCUUUUUUUGUUCAAUUUGAUAUGUUAUUAACAGAUUUUCACUUUAUAUCAUGUUAUUUUUACCCUUUUUUUCUGUUUGUUUCAUCCAAUUGUAAAGAAAUAUUGCUGACUUUGUACCCAAAGUGGAAAAAAACAAACAAACAUCUAUAUCACACCUAGUACAAAUCUGCCCAUCACCCUCAUGACAUUAGUUUUGAAGUUUUUUGACAAAGUCGGGCUAUUUGUCAACAGGGUUUGGUAGCAGUAGAGCCAGAGUGAGACUGUUACAUACAGUUUGUCAGUUCACCUUCAUGUCCCACUCUCAUUUUUAGUCUCUCAGUUGAUUUAUCAGCAACAAACAGCUUUCCAGCUCCAUGCUGCCAUGUUGGUUUUGUCUACAGCCUUAACAGCAAGUAUCGGGCAUCGAGACGCCGCUGCCCUUAUGUAGAGAAAAGUUAACCUCUUGAAAUGAGGUUCAGUUGACUCAAAUGCUAAAUCUAAUUGUUGAAGAUCUGCAAAAAAAAAAAAAAAAAAAAAAAAA